AUGUUUAAGAAACUCAAAGGUUGUUAUGAAACCUUCAUUAAGUCCCUUUACUCUUCUGAGGAGGAUGAGCCUGAUGAUUCAGCUGACAGUGUUUUUCACAGGCAAAAUAUUAUAGUAUAUGGCACUCAGCUGAGAAGUACAGAGCUGCCCAUGGAGCAAAGAGCCAAAGCGGCAGCUAGCAUCGGACUGCUAGCAUACACAGAUUACAACCCUUUCAGCAGAAGCUCUGCUCGAGGAGGACUCUUGAUGCUAAGUCUCUGGUUUGAGACCCUGGCUUUCCCAGAGAUCCACAGCACCGGCAUGUCAGAGUGCUCCUUCUUUGCUCAGCUGCCAGGAAGAAGGUUAACAGCUAUAGUCUGGAUUAAACCUAAAAAAUGUAACAUCUAUAAACUGCCUUCAAUUACAGGUGAACCAAAUGCUGGAACAUAUGCUUCAGAGUAUAUUCAGGACCUAUGUGAUAUCUUGCUGCUGCCAGAUAUUUCAGCCAAAGUGAAGAUCCUAGUGCUGCAAGGACUGUCUGGUAUCUGCUACAUAAAUUACAACAACCAAAACAAAGCAAAAGACUUAAAUCUCACUGAUGCUCUUCUUGCCUGCCUUGAUGAAGACAAAGAUGCCUCUUCAGAUAAACCAGAGGGCAUCUUGGUUAAAUCCUGGACCUGUUACUUCCUGACUGUCAUGUGUUACAACAAUUUCCCUUACAUUAAAAUACUUCAUGAAAAGGGAGGCGAAAUGCUAGAAAAUAAGCUGGAACUCCUGGCUAGCUUGGACUGGUCUAGUUGGCCAUGUAAUUAUGCAGAAUUAUUAUCCUCCCUUCUAGGGUUUCAGAAGUCUCAAAAUAUCUCCAAUACUUAAAAUGCAU